GUCAAUGUCAACAACCAAGGGUUGGGGGAAGGUUUAGAACUGUACCGGGUUUGUCUCCUCGCUAAAGAAACAAGAAAAUAACUCACGAUGCUUGUUGACUAGCCAAAAUGGUAAAAUGGAUAUGAUUUGUGGUUAAAUUAUUUACUCAGCUAUCAUAUGGGCAUUUAUUUUUACAUGCCUUAAGCGAUCACUUUUGCGGCGAAAAAGAUGAAGACCGAAAAGACAAACAUUGAAACGACAGAUGAGAUGAAGAAGAAAAUUGAACUUAUUAAAGAGGCAUUAAGUGAUGAAGAUACACAGAUCUCAACUUACCAGAAAUUUGCCAUCAGCUAUGGAGGACUUGUAAAUAAUGACAUUAGAAGUCAAGUAUGGCCAAAGCUGUUGAAGGCAGAUAUUUCAGACAUUUUACCCAAACCAGAAAGUUCAGUCUUAGAGGGACACAGAGAUUACAAUCAGGUUGUGAUGGAUGUGAACAGAACUCUUAAAAGAUUUCCACCUGGUAUGGAUGACGAUGUAAGAUUAGCAUUACAGGACCAGUUAAUUGACCUUAUUAUGAGAGUAUUAGUUAACCAUGAAGAACUUCAUUAUUACCAGGGUUACCAUGAUAUUUGUGUUACCAUUCUGUUGGUUGUAGGAGAGGAUGUUGGCUUUGCCCUUAUGGAUAUAUUGUCUUUAAAUCAUUUAAGAGAUUUUAUGGAUUCUAAUAUGGACAGAACAAAACACAUGUUAAAUUAUUUAUAUCCAAUUGUUGGAAGAUCUAAUCCAGAGCUCAGGGAUUUUAUGGAAAGGUCUGAGGUGGGAACAGUAUUCAGUUUAAGUUGGCUGAUAACAUGGUUUGGUCAUGUUUUGGAUGAUAUUAGACACAUUGUGCGGUUAUAUGACUUCUUUAUAGCAAACCACGGACUGAUGCCAAUAUAUCUUGCUGCUGCUAUUGUAUUGUAUCGGAAAGAGGAGAUUUUAGCUAGUGAAUGUGAAAUGUGUGUAUUACAUUGUUUGCUGUCUAAGAUCCCAGAUAACUUGCCAUAUGAGAAGCUAAUCAGUGAUGCUGGUGACUUAUUUUUACAAUAUCCACCCACUCAGUUAGCUAAUGAGGCUCUCUUAGCAUAUAAAAAGAAAAAUGACGCAAUUAAAGGAAGACGGGUACAGAAGCAGAAGGAGAAUUUGAAAGCAAAGAGAUAUCACCUGUCAAAGUUGUUCACACAAAAUGGUUCUAAUGUACUAGUGAAAGUAACAAUGUGGACGUUUGUAGCAUUAAUGACUGCUGGAAUGUGGGCCAUUAUUAAUACGUACAGAGAAUUUGAUUGAUGUAUUAGGUUGUAGGAAAUAUGUUUUUAUUUAUUAGUAAACAGCAUUGUAGAGAUACAAGGCUUGACUAAUCAGAAAAAGAAGAUAGCAUUACUUUUCACUUCUGGGUAAAUUUAAAGAAAUGAAGCAAACAUGAACAAUUGCUCAGAAUUUAAAGAAUUGAACUAAGAAACACUAUAAACUUUGUGAUUCACGUUAAGUAGUACAUGUACAUAUUUGUUACUUUUCAAUUUCAAACGGUAUUUUUUUUCUCACAAUUUUAAAUGAAAGAACAUUUUGUUAUCUCUAGAAUGCUGUUAUCACCUUUUCUAUAAGAGGUUGAAUAUUGUGAUAAUACAUUCUGUUAGUGAAGUUUGUAUUAAGAAAUCUGAUGAGCACUGGUGAUUUCUGAAGAUUUAUUAGUACAGGGUAGCUAACAUCAAUAUUGAUGUAAACCUUAGUAUUAUGUUUUUUUUCAAUACUUUCAGGGGGUCUCAUUAGGGGAUUCUGAUCUUGGAUCCCACUUACUGUUUUGUCAGAUUCCCGUAUCCCGCUUACACUAUUUACGCAAGCAAUUCUCAUUUUUUGGUUAUUUCCCAUGUCCCACUAGACUUCAUUUCCCGUUUUCACGGCUUAAUAAUUUGUCUUGAGACCCACCUUUCAGGAAGCUUUUUCUUAUUUGGAUAUUAUUUCAGAUUAUUUUUUAUCGGAAAAACCAUGGAGAUACACAGCAGUGUGUUAUAAAUCUGUGUUUACAUUUAUUUGCAUAAUAUAUCAUGUGACAUUUUCUCAAAAAUUAAUUUUGUUCCCAUCCUAUGAAAUAGUACAUGACGAAUCAGUGCUUUAAACUAAUUUUAAAAUUGAGGCAGUGAAUGAAAAUGUUAGAGUUAGUUACAUAUGAAUAAAUUGAUUUUUUUCUUUAACACAUUCCUUGUUUUACCCCUGAAUUAAUUUGUGUUGGUGUAUUGGAAGUUUUCAAUCCUUCAUUGUUAUCUCAUUUUAAAAGACAUUUUGCCAUUGACAUCUGUUGUAUAUCUAACAGGCUAUUAUUUGAACUUGGAAUUAUCUUUAGUUAUGGAAUUUGCAUAAUUUCUUGUACUUCAUUUUUUUUAAUAAAUUUCAGGUUGUUUUGGUAUUUUAAUGUUUUAACUCUUUCCAUACAAUGUAUUUUGUAUAGAUAGUAUUGUCCCUUUUAUUAUUACUAUUAAUUGCC